AUGACCCCUACUGUUGCGCCAUACGGCGAGUGGAAGUCACCCAUCGACGUCAACUUCAUCACGUCGUCCACCGUGAGCAUCUCAAACUUGCUCAAGCACGAGGGUACAGGUGCCCUGUACUGGGGCGAGCUCAGCGGCGCUACCAAUGGUCGCACUACCAUUAUGACUCGCAGUGCUGAGGGCGUCACCUCUGAACUCACACCGGAACCCUUCCAUGCCCGCUCGCGUGUUCACGAAUAUGGUGGCGGCACCUUCACCCUUGGAAGCGACUUUCUCAUCUCCAGCAAUGAUGUAGACUCGCGACUGUACAAGGUCAACUUGGCUACCAAGGAAACUACACCUUUGACACCCGAAAACAAGGCCUGGAGAUACGCCGAUAUCGAGAUUCAUCCCUCGGAAAAGUUCUUGAUCUGUGUGCGUGAGGAUCACACCGAGGACACUCCCCAGACUGUGAUCAACACCCUCGUCGUUGUCCGUCUUGAUACCAAGGAACCCAAUGUUGAGAUCUUGGCCGAAGGCGCCGACUUUUAUUCUGCCCCUCGCUUCAACCCAGCCAACCCCAGCGAGUUUGCGUAUUACUCGUGGAAUCACCCCUUCAUGACCUGGGAUCACACGCAGUUGUACUACAACCAUCUCGACAUCUCGGAUGCUUCCAUCAAGGUUGCAUCCCAGACUCUCCUUGCUGGUGACGACAAGAACAAUGAGGAGAGCACGAACCAGCCUCGCUUUGCAAAGGACGGAACUCUGUACUUUAUCAAUGACAAGACUGGAUUCUGGAACCUGUACAGUUACAAGGCUGGGGGCAAACCGGAGCUCGUCCUCUCGCAACCAAUGGAGGCAGAAUUUCAAGAUCCUGCCUGGAGAUUUGCCGGCAGAUCAUACUACCCGUUGAAGUCGGAUUGUACCAAGAUUGCGUGCUCCUAUAUCAAGAAUGGCGUCUACAACCUUGCGGUUAUUGACGCCAAGACCAAGACCCUUCAGGAUAUCCCUACAGAGUUCCAGACCAUCAAGUCCAUUUACGCCUCUACGGAUGGUCAGGACGACAUUCUUCUCCUCGACGUUGGAAGCUAUAAUAUCCCGGCACAGAUCAUCAGCUACAACCUGCACACCAGAGCCUACGAGGUUUUGAUGAAGUCGAGCACCGUUGAGGUCCCCAAGGGUUGGAUUUCCAAACCCGAGUCCUUGACCUUUAAGUCCACAGGUGGCCGCGUGGCCUACGCGCUUUAUUACCCACCUACGAACGCGGAUUAUGUUGCGCCUGAGGGAACUCUUCCUCCACUCCGCGUUUUGUCUCAUGGUGGACCCACAGGAGCAUAUGCGUCCGACCUAAACUGGAGCAUCAACUACUUCACCUCCCGUGGAUUCGGAUGCGUCGCUGUCAACUAUGGUGGUUCGACCGGCUACGGCCGUGCGUUCCGCAACAGUCUGCGCACAAAGUGGGGAGUGAUCGAUGUGGAUGAUUGCAGUGCUGCUGCGACAUACCUGGUCGAGAGAGGCGAUGUCGAUGGCAACAAGUUGGCGAUCGUUGGCGGAAGUGCCGGUGGUUACAGCACAUUGGCCUGCUUGGCGUUCAGGGACGUGUUCAAGGCUGGUGUGAGCCACUAUGGCAUCGGCGAUCUCGAGGUCUUGGCUAAGGAUACGCACAAGUUUGAGUUGCUUUACCCCGAGAGCUUGAUUGGACCUUACCCAGCUGCACGGGAUCUUUAUCUGGAGAGAUCGCCAUUGUACUCUGCAGACAAGAUUACGUGCCCUUGCGCGUUCUUCCAGGGAGCGGAAGAUAAAGUUGUGCCUCCCAAUCAGGCGGAGCUGAUGGUCAAUGCGCUCAAGAAGCGGGGCCUACCUGUGGCCUAUGUACUCUUUGAGGGCGAGGGGCAUGGUUUCCGCAUCCCCAAGAACGUGAAGGCUGCGUUGCAGGGCGAGGUCAGCUUCCUGGGAAGAAUCUUUGGGUUCACCCCAUUUGAUGCUGUACCGAUCGAUAUCAUCAACGAGGAUGCCAUUUCCAAGUGA